UUGACCAGACUUCCAGACCCAAGUUCUGCUAAAGCUGCAGGCACUGGAGGAAGGACAAAAAAGGAUCAUGACGGCAUUUAAUGCUAUGGGGGAGAAGCCCAAACCUUCCUCCUUGGAGUCUGCCGAUUUGUGUGAGCCUUUUAGUGAGCCGUUGAAUACUGUCGAAGACUUCAAGGUGCUAGAAGGGAUACUAAAUGAUGCUGAAUUUAAGAGUCGUAUGAUAACUUUCUUGAGUCUGAUUGGCGGCAGUAAACUAUCACAGACUGGGAGAAGGGUCAUGCAAAAGCUGAGGACCAAUCAUCUUUGGUCGAAGUUCAACAUCCUGGGAAGGAAAGGAAAGAGGUCCCUCAAGGCAACCAAGUUUUUCCCUGUCAUCGUCAGAGCCUGCAUGAAAAACCAUGAGGGAACCACUGAACCUGAGGUGGAGGAAGUGAUCGGUGACUAUUUGAAGCGUACCCCAUUUCUUCCCGGUGGGAAUAAGCACAAGAAAGUUCCAACUGUCCCUGUUCUAGAUGUCAGCAAUGAUGACAUUGACGCCAACGAUGAUGUUGAGGAUAUGAAGUAUUAA